AACUAGAGAUAUGUCGCUUAUACAACCGAUGGAGUGACCGCGCUGGACGACCCCUUCAUAUGAGAAGGAACCAGACAUCUCUGGGAGUUGUUGCUCGGGACUAAUUUCGAAGUUGCAUAACCAUGGCUACCUCCUUCCUCAGGAUGGGUCGGAUUUGUUGUGGCUUGAAGCCAUUCCAGGUGAAUCUGCAUACCAGUUGGAGGACCAUACCAGCUGUGGCCUACAGCUCCAAGUUUGGAGACUCCAAGAUGGCACCCAGGAAGACAAACAUCAAGAAGGCCAAGCCCAAACCCAAACUGGACGUUGCCCAGCUGCUGAUCUCCCUUGGCAUGAGGCCUCCUGUCCAACCCUCCCCUGCCACAAACUCUGCUGCCCCUGAUGUCCUAAGACACACCAAACCCGCUGCAAGGGCUGCUGAGACUGGUCCAUUAGUGUCCGCAUCAUCACCUAUACCUGCCACUCCUCCACCCCCUCCUGAGAGACCGACCACAGUAGUGGACUCAGCCACCCCUCUGGUCACUGCCACCCUGCAGACAGAACCAAGGACCAGUCCUCCACCAUCAGCUGCCUCCCCUCAAACAGAACCAAAGACCAGUCCUGCACCGAACACUGCCACCCUGCAGACAGAACCAAAGACCAGUCCUGCACUGGAAUUCACUACAGAGGCUUUCUCUGCCAGAGUUGUUGCCCCAUCAAACCUCACUGAGCAAACUGACACUGAAUCUGCUUCCUCAGGUGAGUUUGCCUCUCAAGGGUCUGCAGCUGCCCUACUCACUGAGCUAGAGGCUGUCACCCCAUCAGGAUCUCCCCCAGUACCCCCUCUUACAUCUGCUGUGGACUCUAGUGCCUCUUCAGAACCCCCUCCUGCGUCAGCUGUGGACUCUAGUGCCCCUUCUGAACCCCCUCCUGUAUCUGCUGUGGACUCUAGUGCCCCUUUAGAACCCCCUCCUGUAUCUGCUGUGGACUCUAGUGCCCCUUUAGAACCCCCUCCUGUAUCUGCUGUGGACUCUAGUGCCCCUUCAGAACCCCCUCCUGUGCCUGCUGUGGACUCUAGCGUUCUUUCAGGGUCUCUCCCUGUAGAUUCCUUCAAGACAAGUGAUUCUCUUGGGUUAACAGAAACAGUAAUUGCCCUGGAGGAGGUUGUAUCAGGUGUUUCUCCUGGGCUAACAGCAGAUCCUGAGGUGAUCAGUCAUGAGAGUACAGCUCAUCCAGUUGACCCUGUUUCUGCAGUGCCCACCUUGGAGCUCAGUCCUGCAGAGGCUCCUCUUGCCUUGGAAAGUUCAGAUCAACACGGCACAGAUGCUCCUUCUGCUAGACCGGCCACCUCCGACAGCGGCGAUCUAGAUCUUUCUGCUGGUAGAGGUAGCACUGCAGUAGCAUCUUCAGAGCCAGCUGUCACUGCAUCUGCGGCAGGUUCCCUAGAGGGUGCAUCCACCAUGGCCACCUCUGCUACCACACCGCUAGCAGAGGCUGAAACCUCCAUGGAAAUACUCGCUACUGCACCGCCAGCAGAGACCGAAACCUCCAUGGAAAUAUCCGCUACCGUGCCAACGGUAGAGGCUGAAUCCACCGUGGACAUAUGUUCUACUGCACCAUCAGCAGAGGCUGAAUCCACAAUGGAAAUAUCUGCUACCAUACCGCCAGCAGAGGCUGAAAUCUCCAUGGAAAUAUCCGCUACCGCACCUCCAGCAGAAGCUGAAACUUCCAUUGAAACGUCCGCUACCGUGCCAUCAGCAGAAGCUGAAACCUCCAUGGAAAUAUCCGCUAGCGCACCAUCAGCAGAGGCUGAAACGUCCGCUACCGCACCACCAGCAGAGGCUGAAUCCACCGUGACCACAUCUGCUACCGUGCCAACAGCAGAGGCUGAGACCUCCAUUGAAAUAUCUGCUACCAUGGGCACAUCCACUGUCGCCCCAUUAGACUCAGAGGCUGAGUCCACCAUUGGCACAUUUGGUAUCGCACCCUCAGCAGAGUCGCUGCAGGAAUCAUCUGUAUUACUGGGAGAUCUUCUAUCUGAAGAGGCAGCUGCAUUAUUGGAAGAUGUUUCCAUUCCUGAUCUCAUAAGUCAGGUCGAAGCCCUCUCCCUUCAUGAAGUGGCAUCUAUCUUGGAAACCGUCCCUACUCCUAAAGCCAUAGCAGAAGAUGUCAAUCCAGCUUCCUCUAUGCCAUCUGUGGAAGUCAUGCUCUCAGAGCUUCCCAGUGAGCUUGAAAUCGCACCAUUUCUAGAAAGUUCCUCAGUGCCCGAUUUGACUUCUCACGUGGAGGCUAUCUCACUCCUGGAGGUGGCAUCAUUUCUAGAGACUGUGCCCGAGCCUCCUACCGCCACGGCUUCAGAUGCUUCUGCAGAGCCAUUGGCAUCCCUAGAGGAUGUAACGGUGCCUGACCUGAUGGCAUCUAUAGAAUCUGUCUCUCUGCUAGAAGUUGGAGCGUUUCUGGAGGACAUCUCUGCUCCUGAGGAAGCAAUUUCUACCCCGGGAGUCUCUUCACUGCAGCCAGAUACCAGUGACCCCUCAGUAGACAACAUCUCCCUGCUAGAGGUCACCUCAGGGCUAGAAGAUGCCUCAGUUCCCGAUCUUACACCCCACCUGGAGGCUGUGUCUCUCCUAGAGGUUUCACAAUUUCUUGAAACCGUGCCCAGUACAGACGCAACCACAGAGAUUCGUGAAAAUGAAUCUCCAGGAAUCUCCACUGGUGGUGACAUCACCUCUCCCACAGCCGGGCCUCCAUUAGACUCCGACUCCACACCAGCAGCUGCAGUGACAUCCAGUGGACUCCUGGAUGCAGUUUGGGAGCAUUCUGUCGCCAUCGAGACGCCGGAAACUAUCACAGAUGAAUCUGCUGCCAUCCAGACGGCAGACGGCAUCACAGAUGCCAGCCAGACGCUGGAUGGCAUCACAGAUGAAUCUGCUGACAUCCAGACACCAGGUGAAAUCACAUAUAAAUCUGCUGCCGCCCCGAUGCUAGACGGCAUCACGGAUGAAACUGCUUCCCCCCAGACGGCAGACGGCAUCACAGAUGCCACCCCGAUGCUAGACAGCACCACAGAUGAAUCUGCUCCAGAGCCACUUCCAGACAAUGCUCAAAGUCUCAUACAGCCAGCCCCUUUAACAGAGUCUCCCAUGGAGACCCAGGAUGCCCUUGGAAAUGUUCAAACAGGGGCGCCCAGAGAGGAACUCACACAUACGGGAGCGGCCACAGAAGAACUCACACUCCCAGCAGCACCCACAGAGAAACUUACAGAAGCAUCCCCAGAGGAACUUACAGACGCAGCAGAGGAACUCGCACCCACAGAGGAACUCGCACAGGAGAGUGCAGAGGCGCGUCUGGACCCGGUGCAGAGGCUGUUUCUGGAGAAGAUCAGAGAGUAUCAAACCCUCAGCCAGUCAGCUGGAGGCGUGCCGGAGGCGGGCUCUGAUGGCUAUGAGUUCCAGCGUCGGCUGGCUGAGGAGGAGGCCAAACUGCAGCGGCUUUACGGUGGUGGUGACCUCACAGAGUUCCCAGAAUUCAACUUCCCUGAGCCCAGGCUGGAUGAAGCCUCCACUAAAUAAGGACCUGACCACACACUGCACAUGAUCAGUGUCCCAGUGCUGCACUGACCUGUGUGUGUGUGUGUGUGUGUGUGUGUGUGUGUGUGUGUGUGUGUGUGUGUGUGUGUGUGUGUGUGUGUUUGUGUGUGUGAGUGAAGAUGCCAAAGCCUCAAUCUGGGCUGUGAGUGUGAGGCUGUGUGUGUGUGUGUGUGUGUGUGUGUGUGUGUGAGUGAGAGACAGAGACAGAGACAGAGACAGAGACAGAGACAGAGACAGAGACAGAGACAGAGACAGAGACAGAGACAGAGACAGAGACAGAGACAGAGACAGAGACAGAGACAGAGAGAGAGAGAAGCUGUAUGUAUGGUAGUGUGAUGUGUAUGAGACUUGAAUUCAUUCACCAGCUCUAUAGCCUUUAUGUAAACUGGGUUUAGGUUUUUUGGAAAAAGGGAACAGUGUGCACACUUCAAUUUUAAUCCCCGGGCUCUUGUAGGAUCUCAGGGGUUGAAAUCCUUGUAAGAGAAA